GCCUAAUGCUGAUAUUUGUGUCGAUCCUGGCAGGGUUCUCUAAACUUAAAAGUAAUUUAACAUCAGUCUCUCCUAUUCAUUUUGUAUAGAGAAUGACAGGGAUACACUGUUGUCAAAUUUAAGUUUAGGUUUAGAGAAUGAUGCCAGAAUCGACACCAUUAUUCAAUAUAUCUGUCUCCAACCACCAACCAAGAAAACAACUGAUGAUCAUGGCUUUGAUAAUAUUUUGUGCUCUAUUUUAUAUGCAAUAACGUAUAUUUGUAUUAUAACGACUUGAACGACUUGAAUUGACGUAUGACAUUAAUUGGUACCGGAUUUAAGCCCGUUAAAUAAUGGUAUUUUUGACGACAAUUAAGUUAAGGGGCGGUUUUUGAGUACCGCGUGGUGCCACGGGUUGCCCUCCCCUCCCUAGGAGGAGACUUUCCCCGUGGGGAGAUGCCAUCCGCAUGGAAUACCUCUAGAGGCACUCGCCAAUUCUCGGCUUGAGGUCCCCUUAGGAUCUCGCAGUCCGGAAUUUGUAAUUAAGUGUUACUAUUUUAAUGGCGUAGUAUAUAACCAUGAAUGAGUUGCCACUAAAAGUUUUUUCUUUAAUAUCAGCAAAGAUUUUUAAUUAAUCAUUAUUUGAAAAGUGACGAGUACUGGGGACACUGUCGACAUUAUUAGCAGUGCCGUAUUUGACUUAUUAGAGACCCUGGGCAUAUUAGGAUAAUGACCCCCGUUUUGUGAUUUAUUUGUAUUUGCUCUGAGGGAGGCCCCUAUCGAUAGGGGCCAGAGGGCACAUUUUGAAGUUUGAAAAAAAAUACCAGGUCGAUAUGCACGUGAGUGGAACAUUCCCACACUUCGCAAGUAGACCGAAACGAAGAGAAUAGUGUAAAACGUGAUGUUUGGCGCAGAUUACAUUAUCGCCAUUCAUAACAAGAUAAUUUAUGCGCUCACCGUACCGUUAACUGGGCGAGUACAGGCAACAAAGUAUGAAAUAUGUGUCAGGUUGUGAAUAUUUCUUUUUACACUAAACUUUGCCUUUAUCUGUCCGCAUUGGUGGCGGUGUCGGUGCAUAAUGUCCCGCAUGGCUAAUCAGUACCAAAAAUCUAGCCAGAAAGGUUUCGUAUCACCAUCGCAAAGUUUCUAUAAAAGGAGCUAGUUUAUUCUUACGUUCGGUAGAGGCGCUGCUUAGUUUCCAUAUAAACUUUGACGACGGCGAUAAGAACACGGCACCCCAAGCACGAACUUUGACAAAUCCGUGCCUCAAGUAAAUAGUUCCAUAUAACUUUGACGAUAGCGAUACGAAUACGAAUCUGUCAAAGUUCGUGCUUGCGGUACAAUACUUAUACAACAACAGCAAUGAGGAUAAUAGACAUUUUGUACUUACAAAAUUUUAUAUGUUAAUCAUUUAUCAGCCUAUUAAUGUCAGGCCAUCCAAAGGGAAGGCUUGGACAAAGUCAAUUAGACAAAAUUUGGAGUAUUUCAGUGAAUAUUUUCUGUGAACAUGACAAAAACCAAACCCAUUUAAUACACACACACACACGCAAAAACAUGGUAAAAACGGGAUUAUCCAUUUAGUUAAAUUAACACCCAUAAUUCUAUAAUCGCUUGCGGUAGCGGCGUAGCAAAAAAUCAUCGAUUCACAUGCAAUUAUUGUUUUCUUUACUUUUCGCAUAUUGCUGCCGCGAUCAAUUAAUUUCGCGUUAAGAAGAUGCGGAAAAAAAAAACAAUUCAAUGAAUAACAUGCACUCGCUCUUACUUUUGUGCAGCGGCCCGUGAUUGGCGCAUCCGAAGCGAAGGCGUACUAAAAGAUACUGUAAAAUACCGUUGAAAGUAUUUUGUUUGUCAAGCGACAGAGCGCCAAAUUCCGCGAUAGUACCUUCUAUUACUCAUACAAUAUAACAGAUUUGACAAAAAACAGUUUUGAAGCUUAUCAGCGUAGAUAAAAUAAAAUAACAUGUGACUGCUAAAGCUUAAAACACAACUAUUAACUAAAAUAUAUUUUUAGUUUCUCUUAGCUUAAUAAGCUGUUUUUAACUACUUAAUUCACGUUCAUACCCCAGUAAGGAUAAUGUUAGAAUGUUCAUCAUAAGUGUAUAGGUACUGCAAAAGUCAACACACAUGAAUGAUUACAGGCCCAAAGGAAGUGUGACUAAAGAGUAAUUUACCAGCGGAUGCUGAAAAAAAAACGGUGAAGGCUCAUUGAGUAAAGUGCGUGGCGUAAUUCUGCAAUAUAGACUGGAUGAGAGUCGUUAAUUUUGAAAACAGGUUGUUAUUUUCGUGUUAAAGGGAAAAAUUAUGCUGCAUGAAGAAUAACCAAAAAAAAAAUAUUAAAGCUAUUAUUGUAUUUGAUUUAAUGUUAAAUGUCUUCCAUGCUGGUAUAUGUUAUGGGAAAACUAUCGAUGCUCUAAAACUAUAGUAAUAACACAUCUUACUUAUUUAAACUGUUAAAAUAGUUCUUCAAUCACUAAUUUAAAUAUUUUUAUCAAAGUUUAUGAUGUUUUUAUUUAAAUCCUUUAACUGCUAGAUUUAUAUAUCGAAAGGAAUUUUUACUAGAGGAUUUUUAUAGUUUGAACUUAUAUUAACAUAGUCUAAAUCUUGUUUCGAAAUAAUAGAUAUUUUUAGGGUUCAGUAGCCAAGGGGUGCCGACGGAACUUUAUAAAACUAUCCGUCUGUCUGUUUAUCAGCAGCGAGCUGUAUCUGACUCAUACUUUAUAGAAAACACGUCUAAUAGCAAAAUAAUAUGUGUAAUAUGACAGAUAUUAAUUCAAAACAUGUAGUGAAAUUGGUAGAAAAAUAAUCUAAUUGCGUUCGUUGUCUUUACAUGACAGCUCUUGGACUACAUAUGUAACCAAUCACCUACAUAGCGUUAAUAUGAAACACGCUUUCCCAAUGCCCUUCGAUAAAUUCUUUCCUGUGCAAAUUAUUACAGCGAAUAAAUUUUCAUCAGACACGAAACAUAAUUUAGCAGACAUUAUCACGUAGUACCUAGUUAGUAAUGAAUAGUUACUAUAUUUUACCGAUUGUUUGAACCUGACGUGUUAAAACAACUUAGUUUUUUUACAUUUUCUCGCAAGGAAGCUGUUUUAGUGUUUCUAGUACUUUUAUCCAUUAUUAAUAUAAUCAUAAUCGAAUGUAAUUCAAUUUCUUUUGCUUCUUGUAACCAUCUUUUAGUUGAUUAGAACUUGUUGUAAAUUAAAAUUUACUUAACUUUUUUUAAUUCAAAUUAUUUUAUGUCUAGUGUUUAACAUGCAAAUGUAAAUAUUAUCUUUCGCAAGCUUCAUAUUUGACUUUGAAGACUUAUUUUAUCGUAAGUCAAGACCCAGAAACGAGCAAAACGACUACGAAGAAUAAAGAAAUAAGUGAUAAUGGCGUUUUUAGUGCCGGUGUUGAUAUUAGUUGUGAGUUUUCUGGCAGCUUACUAUCUGUGGCGACGGAGUUACCCUGAUACUGACAAUGAGCCGCCCAUGUUUCCUGGUGCAUUGCCCCUUGUUGGGCACUCCCUUCAACUAAUCGGGGACAGCUGCAAGUUAUGGAAUGCCAUCAACGACUUGGCCCAAAAAAGCUAUGACAUUGGAGGUGUGGUUGCGGCUGCUAUAGGGCCGCGAACGAUUUACGUGAUAACGGACCCUGAUGACUUCUUCACGGUUGCGAAUGCAUGCCUCCAGAAAGAUGACUUUUACGACUUCGCUAAACCAUGGUUGGGGGAGGGACUUGUAACCGGCACAGUGUCAAUAUGGAAAAACCAUCGGAAGCUAUUGAACCCAGCUUUCAGUCAAACUGUUUUGGAUAGUUUUAUCGGGGUAUUCAACAGUCAAUCGCGGAAACUCGUCAAGGAUCUGAAAAAGGAAGUGGGCAAAGGGAUGUUCGAUCAUUGGACGUAUACGAGACAUAAUUCUCUGGAGACUAUAUGCCUAACAGCAUUGGGAGUAGAUUUUACUGAUCACACAAUUCUGAACAGUCGGUAUGUGCAAGCGGCAGAGGAGAUAUUCUACACUAUGGUGGAUCGUUUCCAGAAGUUUUGGCUCCACAGUCCCAUGACCUUCAAAUGGAGCGGGGUAAAAAGGACACAGGAUAGAUGUCUCAAGAUUUUGCACGAUAUGUCUAAUUCGGUACUCCAGAAAAGAAAGUCUGAUAUGACUGGUAACGUACUUUCUGAAAGAAAAACCGGAAUGUCAUCAGGAACGAAAUUUAAACCUUUCAUGGAUUUACUACUGGAGUUGGCGAUAGAAAAGAAUGUUUUCAACGACCGGGAGAUCAGGGAGCAUAUAGAUACUAUGAUAGUGGGCGGACAUGAUACUUCCGCGAGCGUGCUUAUGUUUACAUUACUACUGCUGGGAUCACAUCCAGAGGCGCAGGAGAAAGCAUAUCAAGAGAUUCAAGAAGUAUUCGAAGGAUCGGAUCGAGACGUAGACAAGCACGACUUGUGUAAGCUGGUCUACUUGGAAGCGGUGCUGAAGGAGAGCAUCCGCAUGUACACCAUCGUGCCCGUAGUGGCGAGGAAACUGGAUCGAAAUGUGCAGCUAAAAAAAUACAAGUUAGCUGCUGGUAGAACUUGCUUCGCGUUUUUGUGCGGCAUCCACAAGCAUCCCAUGUGGGGACCGGACGCGGAUCAGUUCAAUCCGGACAGGUGGCUCAGCCCGGACACUUUGCCGGACAACCCAAACGCCUACGUAGGUUUCAGUUUGGGUAGGCGGAUGUGCAUAGGUAAAGCAUACGCUUACAUGUCAAUGAAGACCAGUUUGACGCACAUACUUCGCAACUACCGCAUCCACGGAGACCACAAACAGCUGGUGUUGAAAAUUGACGUGAUGCUCAAACCAGUUUCUGGGUAUAAUAUAAGCAUAGAGAAGAGAACGAGAUAACUAUUGUCGGAGAUUCUCAAUUAAACGUCAAUGCCUGUGUCCUAAGUGAAGUUUUGUUUAAUAUAGUAUUAAUGCAUGCAGUAGGAUGGCCAGCGGGAUCUAAAGUAGGUACUUUGUAAAGGAUCAGAAGAAAGAAAGGAAAGAGUUUUUACUAACCCUUAAAACCAAUUAAAACUAGUUUAAAGGUAAGAACUUAAACAAUAUUAAAUCUAAGGGCUUGAACACGAGUUCAAAGAAAAAAUUACAAAAAUAAUUCAAAGUAUGGUUUAAAACAGUAUCUAACUUUUUAAAAGUAAGUCCAAUAGCUUUUGGUUACAUUUUAUGCAGAUUCUUCAAAUACAAUUGCAACACUUCGAUUUUGAUUAACUUUGUAAAUAAUUCCUGUAACUGAUGGAUUAAACAAAAGCAGAAAGUAUUUCAUUAUGAAAAAAAAACUGAAUAAUUGCCUCCAAAAUCUUUAAUUAAGCACAAAAAAGUUUGAAUUACGAAACCAAUUAAAUUUAUUUGUAUAUUAUCGUUAUAAGUUAUAUUAAUAACUUGGCCUAUCAUACUAACAUUAUUAUAAGUGUAUUUUUUUAAAUAAUUUAUUUACGUUUACUAUUCAUCCCUAUUAAAUAUAAGAUUAAGUCAUAAUUGUAACGAUGUCGUAUAAAUACUUGUAUAACAUUGUGUUUUAGUUUUCUUCCUUAUUUUGGU